AUGUUCCUUUCGCGCACUUCCCUCAUAUAUGCCAUUUGCUCUGGUUUCUUCUGGUUGAAAUUAUCGGCUGCGGGAUCUGCUUUGCCGAACAGUCUUUGGGUUGCGAAUCCUACGACAACGGAAGCCGCAGCUGCUAUUAUGACGAUCAAGACGAUCAAUGUAUCGGAGAGAGCAGCCAUCGCGGUCGCGAAUUCGAAAUGCGAAGGUCCGGUAACUCGACGGAUUCAGUUCGUUGGCGAUGCAUCUGCCACACAGAGCGACACAGUCCUCUUGCCGGAGGUAAACCUCUUCGCGCCGCAGCAUAACGAUGACGAAAGAUGGGCUUUCAAUUAUUUCCUCCAUCGUGCUGCACCGAUCUUCGCGGGUGUCGUCGAUGGCCCCUUCUGGCUAGAUUUGGUCCCCCGCCUUGCUCAAUCUCAUGCCUUUGUUUGGAAUGUGGUGAUUUCCUCCAGCUGGAUGUUCGAGCACGUGCAAUACAGUGGCCUCGAGACUGCCUACACACCUUGUGAUACCAGUACCGUUACCGACAAAGAGCACCGAAAGGCGCUGAAAUGGUACCAAAGAGCCCUCAUUGACUUCCGUCGGCUUCUCGAGCGAGGGGAGGCGGACAACGGUUAUAUUCUCCUGAGUUGCAUCCUCUUCGCUGGUCUAGAAUUUCAGCAGAGGCAAGUGGGCAACGCAUGGCGUCUCAUAGAUACUGCGUUUGUACUCCUCGACCAGAAUCUCUCCAUGUCCCAGACACAGAUGUCGAAGCUGAAGGACCCGACUCUUUACGAAUUCGUCACUGCUUUCUUUUCGCGCAAAGCGGUCCUGAUGGGACCGCUUGGAAGACCGAUACCGCUCGAAUGGAACAUCCAUCCGGCAAAGGAGACGUUGCUGCCUUCGAUGAAGUCCUCUCUGGCUGUACUCAAGGAGGCUAAGGCGCAUUUGGAAAGCCUUAUGUACCAAGCUUACGAAGUCGUGCGGGUGGGUCAUUUGUUAUACCACGAUGGCUAUGAAAUGCAAAAGUUGAAGCCCAGACAAGAACUUCAACUCAAAGCGGUGCAACAAUGGAAGGACAUGUUCCAUCAGCUGUGCAUAGAUGGGCAGUUUAGUGAGAUGGGCUGCAUCGUGUCGACUCUCUUUAUGUACUGGAGGAUGUGCUACAUUUGGCUGGCCGCCUGCACCAGUCCCCUGCAGACGUCUUUCGACAAACAUAUGGACGAUUUCGAAGCCAUCGUUGACAACGCCCAAGUCGUUCUUCAGUGCAAUGCUGCAUCGAGCAAAGAAGGCCAAGUAUUCACAUCUGAUGGCGACGUUGUCCCACCUCUUCUGCUCACGGCCACCAAGUGUCGCGAUCCGAUUCUGCGACGGAAGGCUUUGCAGCUACUCAGGCAGGCGCCGUACCGCAAUGGCUUGUGGUCUUCGGUAGCAUCGCCUAGCCUUGUCGAGAAAAUGAUCGCUGUCGAAGAAGGCGACACGCACUUCUCAACAUAUCCUGUUCCUUCGCCACCGGUCUGUCUACCGCCCGAAGAGCGACGAAUACAUCACUAUGCCAUCGUCAAAGGUGGGGCCAGUGAUGGUCAUCGCCGCCUCAAAGCUCAGCUGACUAAGGCUGCACUUGACACAAACGGCUCGUUGAGAAUGGUGCAUGAAGAGGUGUGGGUGGAGGAACGGACAGAGAACUUGCCUUGA